AUGUGCUUUUUUGUUCCUGUUUUGCUUGCGAUUUUAACGGAGAGUAAGGAGGCAUUCGAUGGGAUGUUUUUUGCGAGAAGGAGAAUGGUUAAGAAGAUGAACUUCAUCGUUGAAGGAGAAACGAAAAUAAAGUGUGGGAUUUCCGGUUCGGCAGCCAAGUGUUAUCUGAUUAGCAAUGGAUCGAGUGGUAGGUGUCGCCGAGAAAACCCUAGCAACAGGCACAUUACAAUGAAGCGGAAACGUGCAUAUGGGCAGCGCAAAGCUAAAACUCCAUUGGCGAAGAAGACAGUGCAAAUUGAUGCUACUCUAGUAGCAGAAAAUGAUGAACCAGAAGUACCUGAAACCAGCAUGAAUUUUCAACCUGUUGGAAAAUAUUUAUCUGAUGAGAAAACAGAGAAAAAUUUCACCUCUGUGCAUAUGGAAACUGAAACUCCAAGAACUGGUAGCAGACAAGCAGAUUUAGAGAUAGAAAAAGCUGUUUAUGGGAGAAUGCAGAAUCAUCCAAAUGAAUUGCGCAAAAUGAUUGCAUCCAUUAUCAAAGACAUGUCUAAGGAAGCUGGUGGACUAGCUAACCUGACAAAAACCUUGGCUGAGAACUCAAUCAGCAAUGAACAAAUGGAGCAACCUCAUGCUGACAUGGAUAUUGAUGAAAACAACAGCAAACUACAUCAAAAUCCAGAAUACAAGCAGCAAGAAUUGGAUACUGCCCUAUCAGUUAUCAAAAAGACAAUGAAGUUGGAUGCAGCUGAUCCAUUUAACAGACCUGUAGAUCCUGUUGCACUUGAAAUACCUGAUUACUUUGAUGUUAUCGAUACACCAAUGGAUUUUGGUACAAUAUGCAACAACCUUGAGAAUGGUCUCAAGUACAUGAAUUCAGGAGACGUGUUUAAAGAUGUAGAAUAUAUUUGGUAUAAUUGUGUGAAAUAUAAUAAGAAGGGUGAUCAUAUUUUGGAGCUCAUGAAGCGGGUAAAGACAUUCUUUACAAAGUACUGGAUAGCAGCUGGACUACACUGUGAACAAUCACCAACUUUUGUUAAACCUGCAGUUCAACACAAUAUGCAUAACGAGGGGCAUUCAGUGAGCCCUGUUACUCCUAUUGCUGGUAAAAGGUUAACCCAAGUACAAUCCAUUCCACCCUCAUCCAAAGAGAAUAGGCCUGGAUUGAGCUCUAAUGAGCAAUAUCAUGUCCCAGGAUUCACAAAUGCAAAUUCUGGUGUUGCAGAGUCUUCUAUCUCAAGGCACAAGAAACAAGGAAAAGACUUCCCACUUGUCCCACUCACCAACAAUUUGUCCAACCAAAACGCCUCUGGUUCUAACCAAAUACUACAAAAUCAACCCGAGCCAAUCAACAUGCAGCACCCUGUUCAACCCCAACAGAGCUCUAACAACCUCCCACAAUCCUCCCCUGAACAAGAUGAGCCUAACAUUGAUUCUAGAAGUAUUCAAAAGAAACGCCAAGGUCGUGGGCCCACACGUUGUGUUAGAUUGUUGAAUACGGUCGGGCGGAUAAAAGUCCUGACCAAUGAACUCGGGCAGCCCGUGGGGUCAGAGGCAUCACAGUUGACCAGCUUUUUAGGUCUCACAGCACGUGAUGGAAACUUGGCUCCCUUGAUUUAUCCUAGUUGGAGCAAAGUGCCAGAAGAGAAUAAGGAGAACAUGUGGCAGAAAGUUUUGAUGAAAUUUGAUAUUGACCCUAGUAGUAGAAGUUGGAACGCCUUGCAGAUUGUGAUGACAGGGUCCUUCCUGAUCAGUGGGCAGUUCUUGUUUCUCAAUGGAGCUCUGAAAAAUGGCAGCGUAUCAGUGCGAAAAAUAAGGCCAAUCGUGCUAGGCAUAAGUUUAGUCACACCUCGGGCAAAAAAAAGCUUUGCUAGAAUACGUGAAGAGGAGAGGGCAAAAAGGACUGACGGGCAGGAACCAUCACGGGCAGAACUAUUUAUCUUGACCCGUACAAGAAAAAAUGGUCAGCCGGUCAAUGAAGCCACAGCUGCUGUGAUUUCACAACUACGAGAGACAGAUGGUAACAAGAAUGAAAUAAAAGAUGAUGUGUAUGAGCGGGUAAUGGGGGUGGAUAGAAAAGGCGGUGUCUCCUUGUACGGACUAAAUGCCACUACCCCUUCUCGUCCCGGCCCUGAAGUUUCUACGCGUGUUGAGGCGUUGAAUAUGGUUGCGGAAAAGAAUGCCGAAGUUCUUCAAAUGAAGGACAAACUUGCAUCACUCGAACAAACAUGCUCACAGAUGUCUGCUCAGAUGUCUCAAAUGCUCUCAAUGAUGUCUACCUUGCACAAGGCUUCCCCUCCUCAAAACAUCCCCAAUACCGUUGAUGGCACUUUGAUUCCGGUGGGUACACCCAAUCAAUCAGAACCCACCUCUACAUCUAUUCAUGAGGUUCCUGCCAAACAGACUCGCGGAAGGAAAAAGAGAAGAAACGAACCUGUGGUGCAGCCGCCGCUAUUCUCGGUUGAAGUCGCACCACCUUCCUCCCACUGUUGCAUUAAUGUCGCCGUUGAAGACGAAGCCGCCGUCGAACAAGCCCCCGCUUUGUUGAUGCCGCUGUUGGCCUUGUUCCGGCGAGAUCAAGGGCGACUCGAGACUAGUUUGGAAAUCGGAGAACAUGGCCGCUGCUUUAGCCGACGUCCGUCGCCGCCCAUGCGGCCGUCAACGACAUCGAUUCCUCCGGCUGCUACUCGGUUCACUGCUCCGGUUGUCCCACUGUCGCCGUAA